AUGAGGCGCUGCCCAGGCCUUCCACGCUCUGGGUGUCAUGGCGGCCUGCAGGCUGUGCUGCUUGUGCCUGUGCCUCCGACCGCUGGGCUGCGGCCCCCUCGGCCGGCCCGGGCGGAAUCGGGCACUCAGCUAUUUGCAGAUGCGAGCGCUGUGGAGCAGCACCGGAUCCAGAGCGGUGACUGUAGACCUGGGACACAGAAAAUUAGAAAUAUCCUCUGGGAAACUGGCAAGAUUUGCUGAUGGCUGUGCUGUGGUACAGUCAGGUGAUACUGCAGUAAUGGUCACAGCAGUCAGCAAAAUAAAACCUUCACCUUCCCAAUUCAUGCCAUUGGUGGUGGACUACCGACAGAAGGCUGCUGCAGCAGGCAGAAUCCCCACAAACUACCUUAGAAGGGAGAUUGGCUCUUCUGACAAAGAGGUUCUUACAAGUCGAGUAAUAGAUCGUUCAAUUCGCCCUCUCUUUCCAGCCGGUUAUUUUUAUGAUACUCAGGUUCUCUGUAAUCUGCUAGCAGUAGAUGGCAUCAAUGAACCUGAUAUCCUAGCAGUUAAUGGUGCUUCUGUAGCCCUGUCCUUGUCAGAUAUCCCUUGGAAUGGACCUGUUGGGGCAGUACGAAUAGGAAUGAUUGAUGGAGAAUGUGUCGUUAACCCAACAAGGAAAGAAAUGUCUUCUAGCACUUUAAAUUUAGUAGUUGCCGGAGCACCUAAAAGCCAAAUUGUUAUGUUGGAAGCCUCUGCAGAAAAUAUUCUACAGCAGGACUUUUGCCAUGCUAUCAAAGUUGGGGUGAAGUAUACACAGCAGAUAAUUCAGGGCAUCCAGCAGUUGGUAAAAGAAAUCGGUGUUGCCAAGAGGACACCGCAGAAGAUAUUUACUCCUUCUGCAGAGAUUGUGAAGUACACGAAGAUAAUUGCCAUGGAGAAACUCUAUGCCGUUUUUACAGAUUAUGAACAUGACAAAGUUUCCAGGGAUGAAGCUGUUAACAAGAUAAGAUUAGAUACAGAGGAGCAUCUAAAGGAAAAAUUUCCAGAGGUUGACCAAUUUGAAAUAAUAGAAUCCUUCAACAUUGUUGCAAAGGAGGUUUUCCGAAGUAUUAUUUUGAAUGAAUACAAAAGGUGUGAUGGAAGGGAUCUGACUUCACUUAGGAAUAUAAGUUGUGAGGUAGAUAUGUUUAAGACACUUCAUGGAUCAGCAUUAUUUCAGAGAGGACAAACACAGGUACUCUGUACUGUUACAUUUGAUUCAUUAGAAUCCAGUAUUAAGUCAGAUCAAAUUAUAACAGCUAUAAAUGGGGUAAAAGAUAAAAAUUUUAUGCUGCACUAUGAGUUCCCUCCUUAUGCAACCAAUGAAACCGGCAAAGUUACUGGUGUGAAUCGAAGAGAACUUGGACAUGGUGCUCUUGCUGAGAAAGCUUUGUGUCCUGUUAUUCCCAAAGAUUUUCCUUUUACCAUAAGAGUUACAUCUGAAGUCCUCGAAUCAAAUGGGUCAUCUUCUAUGGCAUCUGCAUGUGGUGGAAGUUUGGCAUUAAUGGAUGCAGGGGUCCCAAUUUCAUCUGCUGUUGCAGGUGUAGCAGUGGGAUUGGUUACCAAAACCAAUCCAGAGAAAGGUGAAAUAGAAGACUACCGUUUGCUAACAGAUAUUCUGGGAAUUGAAGAUUAUAAUGGUGACAUGGAUUUCAAAAUAGCCGGUACAAAUAAAGGAAUAACUGCAUUACAGGCUGAUAUUAAGUUACCUGGAGUACCAAUUAAAAUUAUAAUGGAAGCCAUCCAACAAGCGUCAGUGGCAAAGAAGGAGAUACUGCAGAUAAUGAACAAAACGAUUUCAAAACCUCGAGCAUCAAGAAAAGAAAAUGGACCAGUUGUAGAAACAGUAAAGGUUCCAUUAUCAAAACGAGCAAAAUUCGUUGGGCCUGGUGGAUAUCACUUAAAAAAACUCCAGGCUGAGACAGGUGUAACAAUUAGUCAGGUUGAUGAAGAAACCUUCUCCAUAUUUGCACCAACACCUACUGCAAUGCAUGAAGCAAGAGAUUUCAUUACAGAAAUUUGCAGAGAUGAUCAAGAGCAACAAUUAGAAUUUGGAGCAGUUUAUACCGCGACAAUAACUGAAAUCAGAGACACUGGAGUGAUGGUAAAACUAUAUCCAAACAUGACUGCAGUGCUGCUUCAUAAUUCACAACUUGACCAACGAAAGAUUAAACAUCCCACUGCCCUAGGACUAGAGGUUGGCCAAGAAAUUCAGGUCAAAUACUUUGGCCGUGAUCCAGCUGAUGGAAGAAUGAGGCUUUCUCGUAAAGUACUUCAGUCUCCAGCUACAACUGUUCUCAAAACUCUAAAUGAUAGAAGCAGCAUUGUAAUGGGAGAGCCUGUUUCAGAGUCAUCAUCUAACUCUAACCCUUGACUCCUUUUUGAAAUAGUAUUCAAUGGCGAUAUUCUGUGGAGCAAAUUUUAAUAGUCCUGCUUACUGUGUAGAUUUAUAUAUAAUUUGAAUAUAAUUAUUUGUAUUAAAAUGAUCAUGUGCCUUUUUUAUUUCAGGAGUAACCUAUAUUUGCUUAUUCUUAUUUGGAUUAAAUCAAUAAAUAUUUAUUAUUAAAAGUAAGCUAUUUUUAUAUCUUA